UUAUACUUAUGAGCACAUCAGUACAAACAUACAGGGCAAAAUCUAUAUUUUUCAAAGAUCUUGACCAACUAUGCUACUUUGUGCAGGGGUUGAACCUUUUUCUCAGGCUAGCAUGGUUGCAAACAGUUUUUAACUACACAUUUGGAAGGGUAGAUUACAGAGUAACCGGACUAUGUUUAGCAGCACUUGAAGUUGUUAGAAGAGGCCAAUGGAACUUUUACAGGUUGGAGAAUGAGCAUCUAAAUAAUGCUGGAAAAUUCAGAGCUGUGAAGACUGUACCACUUCCUUUUCAUGAAGUGGAUGAUCAAGAUUGAGGCCAAUUUGCUUACAGAAUAUUAGCUAGGAUUAUGCAACUUAUUACUCUGUUAUUCAAAGAUGAAAUGAAAUUCCCAUUGUACAAGUUGAAGUUCAAAAUAUCAACUUGUUUUUUGUCAUA